UUGUUGAAUGCAGCUUAAGAUGGGUUUUUUAUUAGACAUUUAGCAGAGUCUGGCUGUGCUGGUCAGGCUACUGUGAGCUGAGACUCAUUUUAUUUUGCAGUGAUUGAGGAUGUUUGCGGAUAUUUUGAACGUGCAUUUAGUUCAUUCAGAUGUUGGCAGGCUGGUUGGACCCUGGACCCUGUAAGACAACCUCAGCUCAUUGCUGUAGCUGUGAGACAGAGUCGUGCCUCAUUCGGAUGCCAUAUAAAUCCGAUUUCUAUCAUUCGGCCUCAGUCGGCGGCUCUUUUUUUGCAGUGCAGUGAGCGCAGGAGCCGCUGCAGUGACACCUGUCCGCACACAACACCUGGCAGGCGGGACGGGACGCUGUGCGCAUGCUCCGUCGUCAGGUUGAAAUCUCUUAAAGCACUUGGAACCGCAUCUCGCCGCCACCAGUGCAGAUCAAAUCUUUGCAGGGUUCAGAGCGAGACGAGGACGCCUCUCUACAGCCGGAUUAUCAUCAUCAUCAUCAUCAUCAUCAUCAUCAUCACCAUCCCCUGUGUCUGCUCUCAGAUCAGAGAUGCCUCGCUCCUUCAUGGUGAAGAGCAAGAAGGCGCACAGCUACCACCAGCCCCGCAGUUUGGAGGAUGACUACAGCAGGCUGGACGCUAUACUGGAGCGCAUAUGCUCAGACGCUGAUAAGCUCCCAGAAGACACCGAGCUGUCGGUGGACAGGUACGGCCUCUCUCCGGACUCACACCUGGCUGACGCCGCCGAUUUCUCCCCGAAGUCCCCGCUGAGCUGCACCGACAGUCUGUGCGGUCGCUCCACGGACUACGAGGACUUCUGGAGGCCUCCGUCCCCCUCUGCAUCACCGGUAGAUUCUGAGAAGUCCCUGUCCACUUUGGUGGACGAGACCCAGCCCUUCACCGUUCCCUUCCGGCCAUAUGCCUGGAGCAGCUACGGGCCCGGGCUGAGGCCCUUGGUGCAGCAGAGCGUGGAGGUAGACAGGGGCCCGGCGGCGAUGGCCUUCUACGGGGACAGGAGCGCCCACUCUGCCCUGUACGCAGACCGGGCUCUGGGCCAGGAGGCUUUCGGGGACUACAGGCAGCACGCUGCUGCUCUGCUGUUCCCUGAAGGAGGCCUGCACAGAAAAACCCACAAUGUGAAGGCCCAGUCUGACCUGCUGUGCUCCAGUCUGAUCCUCAAUGGUGCUUACAAGUGUGUAAAGUGCAGCAAGGUGUUUUCUACUCCGCACGGUUUGGAAGUCCACGUCCGCAGGUCGCACAGCGGCACCCGACCAUUUGCGUGCGAAAUCUGCGGCAAAACGUUCGGACACGGAGUGAGCCUGGAACAACACAAAGCUGUGCACUCUCAGGAAAGAAGUUUCGACUGCAAAAUAUGCGGUAAAAGUUUCAAGAGGUCGUCCACUCUGUCGACGCACCUGCUCAUCCACUCCGACACCCGGCCGUACCCGUGCCAGUACUGCGGGAAGAGGUUCCACCAGAAGUCAGACAUGAAGAAACACACUUUCAUCCACACAGGUGAGAAGCCACACAAAUGCCAGGUGUGUGGGAAAGCCUUCAGCCAGAGCUCCAACCUCAUCACACACAGCAGGAAACACACCGGAUACAAGCCCUUCGGAUGCGACCUGUGCGGCAAAGGCUUCCAGAGAAAAGUGGACCUGAGGCGGCACAAAGAGACGCAGCACGGACUCAAGUGAAGGCGAAAUCCACCGCAACAAUCAUGUCAUGUAUUAUGACUUUACAGUCUUUAAAUUAUUAGUCCCGAAACGAGUGAGGACAUCUGACAGAGACAUUCUAGACAGAAGACAUUUGCGUUUUUCCCCCCAAUCGCUCAGUUUGAGGACAUUUCAUGGCUCAAGAUUGAUCCACUUUUAGCUCUGUAAAGACUUUAUGUGAAGGUGUAUUUGAAAUAUAUAUAGUUAUCUCAGAUUAUUUAUUUUUACUAAAGAAAGACUUAAUAAUAAGACGGACAUUUUGCAGCUAGAAGACAUCGGCAACACUAAAUAUUUUACCACCCUCCUGCAGAUUGUUCUACAGGCCCAGAGAACCAGAGAUAAGCUGUGAACUGUGAGACAUGAUGUGACGGAGCAUGAUAAAAAAAAAUAAUAAAAAAAAAAAUAAAAUCAACUUGUCACGUGAUAUAAAGCAGCUCAAGUGGUUUUAAACCCCAAAUAUUUGUACUCAGUCAAAUAACCGGAUCGACAAUAAAAGCGGACAGAGAUGAAAAUCUGCGCUUUCCCAAAGAACAGAAGCAUUUUGUUUUCAGUUCGGAGACAUGCUGGCAAAACAGCCUCCUCUCUCUGUGUGAUUUAAACAGGAGGGUUGCUGCCUCACUCACCAAGCUGUUAUCUUCCACUUUUCCAUUUUGCACAUUUUAUUGUCAGAAUGAACUUUUUUAAAAUAUCUUUUUUUUCCCUCCAGGUUUUUUUUUUAUUUUCUGGGUGGUUAUCAUUUAAAUAAAAUAAAAAUAAAAAUGCAAUAAAAUCUAAAA